GCGCUCACACCUCACGGCCCAGCAGUCCAGCACUAGCCUCACUCCCGAACACAAACCCCUGCGAUUUUGCCUCCUCCUCCGGUCUCGCCGUCGCCGUAGCCACCGCCACCGCCGUACAAGUCCGAGCCCCCGCGCCACCGCCCCCCUCCCCGUCCGUGCUAGUUCUCGCCAGGCCGGUGCCGCCCCUUCCUAACCGCCUCGUUCCUCGCCGCGCCGGCGCUCGCUUCGCCAGUUAGCGACAGAGGAAGGGAGUGGCGACGAUGUCUUCGUGGGAGGACGAGGACUCCGCCGCCGCGUCGGCCGCGGCGACCACGGACGUGGAGCUGCUGAAGCGGGCCUGGCGCAACGAGAAGGCCGCGCCGGAGAUCCUCCACUUCGACUCCGCCCUCGUCUCCCGCGCCCGCGAGCAGAUCCAGCUCCUCGAGGAGACGCUCGACGACUUCACGGAUAACGGCGUCGACGACCUGGUGGUCUCGCUGUACCAGAUGGACCUCGACCGCACGCUCUUCCUGCUCCGCUCCUACCUACGCCUCCGCCUGCAGAAGAUUGAGAAGUACAUGUUCCACAUCGCCAAUUCUGAGGACCUCUUGAGCCGGCUGUCGCAGCAGGAGCAGCGAUUCGCCAAGAGCUGCAAGGAGAUCAUGGAGAAGCAUCUUGAGCAGUCAGUGCUGUCAAAGCUUCCCUACGGUUAUGACUCGGUAACGAGGCAAUCCUUAUCGAGCACGGAGGAUGACAUGGUUCCAGAGCCUCAGCUUGACACAUUUGUCUUCUGCAAGACCAAGAGUGACGUAGGAGCAUUCCAGCUAGACGACGUAGGGGAGGAAGUUGUGGAUCUGGUGGCUGAUGACUUGUAUGUCCUUCGGUACAAGUCCAUCAAGGGCCUUGUCGAGGCUGGUCGAAUUGACCUUAUUUGAUGUGAGCCACAAGGCUUAAACAGAAGACAAAGGUGCCAGAAUCUUCUGGAUUCUAAACAGAAGACAAAGGUGCCAGAAUCUUCUGAAUUCCUUGUAAGGUACUCCCUCCGUCCCAUAAUAUAGGAGCGUUUUUUACACUAGUGUCGUGUCAAAAACGGUCUUAUAUUAUGGGACAGAGGGAGUAGAAAUGAAGUGGUUCUAAUAUGUGUACUCUAGAACGACCAGUUAUGAGACUGGACUAUCUUUGUAUGUAUCAGUAAUUUUUUUGCUUUGUCUGAAUUGUCUCCAACUCAUGUUCUUCAAGAAUCAAGAUUGUUAUGUUGUUGAUAAGAAGCAUUCAGAUCACCAGUGGUGAUCAAAAGCUUU